CGCGGGGCCUGUCAGGCUCAGGGCCGCCCCCUUCCGCCUAGGACCUCUUCUUCAGCGGUCUCGACUCCCUGCCCUAGACCCUGACGCCUGGGGGAAAGAGGGUCCUUAGAGUCCCGGAGAGCGUCCCUCUCAGUGGUGGUGACAGCGGUCGCCGAGGGCGGGUGUAUUUGUGCAUCUUUUGGGUUCCCACAGCCAUCCUGUGAGGUGGAAAGCCAUUGUGCGCGUGGUGUCAACUCACGGGAGGAAAUUGAGGCCCGGCAGGACCCCUUCCUUGCUCGAGGUCAGAGCUGGAUUGUCCGCAGGCCUCUGACUUCACCUUUAGAGACCUUCCUGCUGCCACCUGCCCCAGGCCAAAUCCCGCAGCUAGGCGCUGGCCGGUCCCAUCCGCAAGGGAGGCUGCGGAGUACCGCCUUCCUCCCCGUGCAUCCCGAUUUGCAUUUCCCCAGCUCCUCUCACUCCCGCAGCUCCCCUCAUUCCCACGCUCUCCCCAACACACCCUUUUCAGACACCCCAGAGUUAACAAGGAAGGAAGGAAGGGAGAGAGAGAAGAAAAAAAGAAAACUAUUUGGAGCCGCUUGAAGGACAUGGCAUCCCUCAAAGGGGGCAGAUGGCCUGUCGGAGCCCGAGGGCAUCUCUCUGAAGCGGGUCGCUGUGGUGGAAGAUUUCUUUGACAUCAUCUACUCGAUGCAUGUGGAGAGCUCCGCGGAGCCAGGCAAAGCCCCCAAGCACGCUGGGCAGAAGAAAACCUACCGUGCGAUUGCAGAGACCUAUGCCUUCCUCCCAAGAGAGGCCGUGACGCGCUUCCUGAUGAGCUGCACGGAGUGCCAGAAGCGGAUGCACUUUAAUUCCAACGGCCUGGAACCCAAAGGUAGGGGAGAAAAUGAACCACCGUCCCCUCUGGUCUCUGGGAUCAUUGAUUACAACAUGCCCCUCACUUCCACCUACUUGAAGCAGAUGAAGCUGCGGGUGAUGAACUCCCAGGAGCAGGAUGAGACUUCUGUGAGCAGUGAAGAUUUUGAUAUGAAUGACUCCACAUGGAUGUCAGCUGAUCCACACCUGGCCUCCAGCCUGAGUCCCAGCCAGGACGAGAGGAUGCGAAGCCCGCAGAACCUCCAUGGCCAAGAGGACGGCCCAGACGACUCCUCCUCCGAGAGCGGCAGCGGCAAUGGCUCCUCCACCCUGAACCCAUCCGCGUCCAGCAGCACGCAGGGCGACCCCGCCUUCCCCGAGAUGAAUGGCAACGGUGCUGCUGCCCCCAUGGACUUCACUGCCACCACCGAGGACCAGCCCAUCAACCUAUGCGACAAGCUCCCACCAGGCACUGCGAUCGGCACGCCCUCCUACCCCUCAGACGGCUGCAGCGCUGAUGGGCUGCGGAGCCGUGUCAAGUACGGGGUGAAGGCCACCCCCGAGUCCCCACCUUACAGCUCUGGGAGCUACGACUCCAUCAAGACUGAGGUCAGUGGCUGCCCUGAAGACCUGACUGUGGGCCGGGCCCCCACGGCAGACGAUGAUGAUGAUGACCAUGACGACCACGAGGACAAUGACAAGAUGAAUGACUCUGAGGGAAUGGACCCCGAGCGCCUCAAGGCCUUCAACAUGUUUGUGCGCCUCUUCGUGGACGAGAACCUGGACCGCAUGGUGCCCAUCUCCAAGCAGCCCAAGGAGAAGAUCCAGGCCAUCAUCGAGUCCUGCAGCCGGCAGUUCCCCGAGUUCCAGGAGCGGGCCCGCAAGCGCAUCCGCACGUACCUCAAGUCCUGCCGGCGCAUGAAGAAGAACGGCAUGGAGAUGACCAGACCCACGCCGCCCCAUCUAACCUCCGCCAUGGCAGAGAACAUCCUCGCUGCCGCCUGCGAGAGCGAGACCAGGAAAGCCGCCAAGAGGAUGCGCCUGGAGAUCUACCAGUCCUCGCAGGACGAGCCCAUAGCCCUGGACAAGCAGCACUCCCGGGACUCCGCAGCCAUCACCCACUCCACCUACUCACUGCCAGCCUCCUCCUACUCCCAGGACCCUGUGUACGUCAACGGCAGCCUCAACUACAGCUACCGUGGCUACGGGGCCUUGAGCAGCAACCUGCAGCCCCCGGCUUCCCUCCAGACAGGAAAUCACAGUAACGGGCCCACAGACCUCAGCAUGAAAGGUGGGGCCUCCACCACCUCCACCACCCCCACGCCCACCCCCUCCAGUAACAGCACCAGCAGGACCAUGCCCACCGCUCAGCUCAGCCCCACGGAGAUCAGCGCUGUGCGGCAGCUCAUUGCUGGCUACCGAGAGUCUGCGGCCUUCCUGCUGCGCUCUGCAGAUGAACUGGAAAACCUCAUUUUACAGCAGAACUGACCCCACUGGCACAUGGAGUGCACUACCCUGGGGAAGGAGGCUGUCCCCCAGCCCGGACCCGGCUUCCUGUCUCACCAGUUGGUACAUUUUGUUUUCCAAAAGAGGUGGGAUCCAAAAGAGCUGUUUCUAGCCACACUCCAAGCACCUGAGACUUUGGGCACAAGGACACUUUUUUUUCUUUUUCUUUUUUUUUUUUUUAAUCUCACCACACGGGUGCUCUGACCUGCUUGGAGAGGCCCACAGGGCAGCUCUGGAAGGGUUGGAGCCCCCUGACAAGGCGCUGGGGCUGCAGCUCUGUUUAGAAUCACCUUCGUGGACCCUGAUGUUAGAAUCCCACCCCCAGAUAAUUACCUUUCAAGUCUUAGGUGAGCAGAAUUGCAUAUUUAUUGAGAAAAAGCAAAGUGGACCCUUUUUCCCCUCUCCCCUUAGUAAUUUAUUUUUCUGAAAAUGGAUUCUUUUGUGUUUGUACAGAUUUGCCAGUCUGUGUCUGUCUGAUCAGAAGGACGUAUCCCUUACCUAACAUUCCAUAGCACUACACUGAUGCAGGCCGGGGGCCAGCAGGGGUGGGCGGGAGCCAGGCCGGUUGUCCCUCUGAGUGCCCAGUGCACCCUAGGGAAGGCCACCACCCCUCGACCAGGCUGUCCUGUUGCAGAUCCCAGGGACACAGCCAGGUACCGCCAAGCUGGAGGACCUCGCCCACACCCACUGCAAAGCAAAACAAAAAGGCACCCCACCCACUCUACAGAGCCCCGUCACACGGCCACCUGUACUCUACCUCACACUCCAGCGUGGGCUUUUUCCAGGACGUGCCCCGAGCCUGUUCUGAACGGCUGUCUCCCCAACUCCCCCACACACAAUGUGUCUGCCUAGGAGGUAAGUCAGGCUGGGUGUCCAGGAGCCAGAGCCCACAGAGGGUCCUGUCCUUCACAGCCAGCAGCUUGCAGUCCUCUGGCCCUCGCAGCUGCCUGACAGGACAGAGUGCUGGAGAGAGCAGUCGGUCAGCAGGGCAGUGGCCUUCACCUUGUCGCACAGGCCAGGGGCCUUCCUAACUGCUGAGAAAAGCUGUCAGGCAGCUGUGAGUUCCUGUGUGGACUGCAGCUCCCACCCCCUCGCCCCCUGAUUGCAGUCAGUGGAAGUGGAGAAGCCACCUGGGUUCUCCUAGGAUUGGUCCUUCUGGAAGGCCCAGUCCUGGAUGGAACCCAGAGUCCCUGGAGUGUGAAAAGGGCAAAAAGAAAAAAGCUGGCCUGGUUUCCCUCCUCCUUGAUAGGCACUUCCUCCUGCUCAGUGCAAUACCGACCAGUGCUGCUAAACCAGGGACUCCCGGACCUCAGCAGGCCCAGAGGCCCUCCACACAACACUCCGUAGCCAUGACUGCAGCUCUCUGCUGCCUGCCCCUGCCCAGAGCCGGCAGAAGCCCUGUUGCCUUUCUUCCCUUAGAGCAAAGAGACCCCAGGGGAGCCAGGGCCAAGUGGACCCUAGGACGCCAGAGAGAGCCACUUGAUCCCAGAGCAGGUACCCCUUCCCAAACCAGCUUUUCUGCAGCCAACUGCCUGUUGCAGCCCUGGCCGCUGCCCCAGCACUAUGUCAGACCACCCCUCAGGACAGCAGGCAGGUGCAGGGUGGUGCAGACGCCCACCCUGCUUAGAUCCAGAAACUGCAAGGCAAGGUGCUGCAUCCCAGGCACACCUCCACCUGCGGUCAGGGUGGCCUCCCAAGUGGCCUCUAUGAUGCCCACCCAGCCACACCACCUCUGCCUUCCAAAUGACCGAUCCCUAGGUCUCUGGUCGGGGCCAGGACACCUGACACCCCCUUCCUCAGCACAGCACAAGCUCCAGUGCCCAGGCCUCUCCCACACCUGGCCAUCCACGUGCCCAGUCCCCUGCCUGCUCAGUACGACUCCCUGACAUAUGAAUUUGUGUACAUAUUUAUUUUUGUGUGUGAACAAUAAUACAAAGUAAUCAGUAGACGUUUUGCAAAAUGUUACCCCAGGCAAUUUGUGAAAAUCUUAAUGUUAAAACCUGGCAGAGACAAUCGCCACCCUAGAAUUCCUGUUGCUUAAUGUGUCAUUUCUCCUCCCAGAGGCAGAACCAAGCUAGGCACAAACAGGUUGCAUUUCUUGGCAGACAGGAGAAAGACUGCAAAGGGGUUCCUCCCUCCACCCCAGCAGAACACCAUCUAAAGAUCAGCAUAAGCUGCUCUUGAACUUCUAGUACCCUGAGCGCAAGGUGUCGCCACGGGCCGCCUCAGCAAACCUCAGUGCUGUGGUGUGGGCCUGGUCCAAGUGUUUUAAAGUAAAAGGGAACAAAUGCCAGUGCCGGUCCAUUGGGACCUCAGGACCAUGGAUUCUGCCACACUGACCCCAUAGAAGCUAUACCUGAAGUCCCAGAGAUGGCUGACCCAGGAGCAGGUCACUGUGUGAACAGGGUUCCACUAACUCGUUCACAGUCAGGGAACUUGUUCUGUUCUACUUUGGUUUUAAAAGAUGCAGCUUCAAGCCUUCCCUUCACUCCUGACUUGGAGGGUGCCACAGGGCCAGCCCAGGACUCAGCUUGCUGCUCUCCAUCCUCCCUGAGAGACUGCCUUCUGCCCGAGGGCAUACCUUCUGGAGGGACUCAGAGCACCAAGUAGUCGCUGAGGAUCUGAGUUUAAAAGGAAAUGCAAGAGUAGGAUACACAAUCCCAGAGUCUGCAGGGUCGACUCCAUAAGAAGCAGAAUUGGAGAAGCGGGCACUUGGUCUGACCAGUAGGUCAUCUCACAGACCAGUGGUGGUGUGACCCCAUCUGAAAUUAUUUUUCUGUCAUCACUCAUACCAAUGACAGUUUAUUCCCAAGUCAGUGUUGGGGGAGAGGGACGGGCAGGGCUAGGAGGGUCUCAGAGCAUUUCAAACAGGUGGAACCCAUCCAUCCCUCCCUAUUCUCAAGGGCCACGCAUGACUCCAGGGGUGGUUAUAGGAUUAACUACCAAUUCAUUUUCAAAAUGCUGCUUUGAACUCAGAGGGUUGAUACUUUUAAUUUGUAAUUUUUUGUAAGACUUUUUACAAGAUUAGUAAAGUAUUUCACCAGAAUACCAGUUUCAAUCCGUCCGUGGUCUGAUUUUUAUAUAAUUUAGUGGUGCUUUAGAAACUUUGUUUUCGUUGUUUCUGAGCUCAACAGCUCAAUCCUUUUCGCCUGUAUCUACCUAAGACCAAUGUGAACCUUUGUAUUUUUGCUCCUAAUUUUGGACUCAGUGAAAGUGUACUGUUUACAUGUACAGACGCCCCAGUCCCUGUGUGUCCUGCAAGACUCGCCCUUGAGGAGGAAGAUGCACCUCACUAAGCUCAUCUGCUUAGCAAAGCCACAAAACAAAAACCUCUCACUUUUUACCCAUUUCUACCUAAAAUUAAAAAAAAAAAAAAAACCUACACCACAGAUUUGCUGGAAAACACUCCACCUGGUAGAUGGCCCAUGUGCCUCUAUCGUGUGCCCACUUAGGAGCAGGGGUCAGGAGCAAGCCCUCCUACUGGUGGUGGUGGAUCGCCGCACAGAUGACAGGCGAACGCAGGUCGGCCCAUUCUGGGAUGAACAGUUCUCCAGGCGGCCCGGCCAUGGGAAAGUCAAGAUGACUCGCAUGGCCUUCGGGAUCAAGCCAACCAGGAUUUAGGCUCAACUCGUGAGGUCAUCAAGCCUCUAGCAUAAUUUAGACCUGCUUUGGAAGCAUGUGAGUUCCGCAUCUGAGACUCUGGCUCUCAGUGCAGAGGGUACAAGCCUUUCUCCAGGGCUGCUCUGGAGGCAGCUUGGUAGCGAGCCACCACACCUGGGGAGGGGCCAGGGCUCCAAGGCAGUUAAGCAUAUGGCACUUAUGGCAAGCAGCAGAUGGCACCAACUUUUAAAGGUGACUCUUUGUUAAUCAAUGGCUUCACCUCUAAAUUAUAUUUUUACAGAUAUGCACCUAUGCAACUUAACGUGGCUCUCCUAAGCAGGUGAGGACUUCCUCCUCAAUGCUCUCUAUAUAAAAAGUAUUUGUGUUCUGUACAGUGAGUUUUUCCAGUAAAUGUGGCUUAAUAUUUUAAUUCUUAGAAUGUGUCUUCUGCGUGAUGCGACUAAAUUCUGUUUUGUUUGUGGAAUGACUAGCACAGGCCGACUCCCUCUCUCCCUCACUUAACAGAAGACCAAUGAGCUGUUAAUCGAGCUGUUAUCUCCAUGGUAUUACUGCUAAAUGCACUGAUUUCAUAAGUAUGUGGAAUCCUUUUCCUUUGGAAUCUGUAUAUCAUAUAUAAGACUGAAUCUACUUAAUAAACACUGAACAAACUGA